CCCCCCUCGACCCUUCGUUUUUCUACCGCGACCACCACCCUUCCGUCAGCCUGACUUCUUUCACAUCAAUCCUUCUGCUACUCUCGCUCUUGCAUCUUUCGUUUUCUCCUUCAUCGUUGCCCCUCCCCCCCGACGACCGCUUCGUUAAGGUAUUCUAAUUGAUCUCCGUCUUCGCCUCUUCUUCUCCGUUGACGCUCUCACUCCUUCGACGUCGACUCCGUCCUCUUUCUGGUCGCCUCCAUCGUUUCCUCCUUUCCACCUUCGUAUCGCUCCAGGGGGGAAAGCUCUUCUUCUUUUUUUUUUUCCCCCAAAUCGAUCCACGUCCUUGCGUGGCUGCCUUUUUUCUUUUUGACUUCAAUCCGCGUAGUGCACCUACAGAUCGUCGCCCCUCAUGAAGGUCUCGAUCCUCGCCGCCGCCGGCAUCUUCUCGACGGCUCUCGCUGGCCCGGUUGUCGAGAAGAGAGCCAACACCAUCUCCAACCCCAAGACUCCACCUGUGAGCGUCAAGGGCAACGCUUUCUACACGUCCAGUGGCAGCCGCUUCUACAUCCGCGGCGUCGACUACCAGCCGGGCGGCUCCUCGGCCAACGAAGACCCUAUUGCCGACGCUAACGGCUGCGCACGCGACGUCAAGGAGUUCCAGAAGCUGGGCAUCAACACCAUUCGCGUGUACUCGGUCGACAACUCCAAGGACCACGAUCAGUGCAUGCAGAUGCUCGCCGACGCCGGCAUCUAUCUGGCCCUGGACGUCAACACGCCCUUCUACUCGCUCAACCGCAAGGACAACGAGUCGAUCCACAUGUCGUACAACGACGUGUACCUGCAGUCUGUCUUCGCCACCGUCGAUGCGUUUGCCAAGUACGACAACACGCUGCUGUUCUACUCCGGCAACGAGGUCAUCAACGACGACACGAACACCUUUGCCGCCCCCUACGUCAAAGCCGUCACCCGCGACAUUAGGGCGUACAUUGCCGCUCGUCAGUACCGCUCCAUCCCCGUCGGCUAUUCCGCCGCCGACGUCGAGAGCAACCGAUACGAGAUGGCCACGUACAUGAACUGUGGCAACGAUGCCGUUCGCUCUGACUUCUUCGCCUUCAACGACUACUCGUGGUGUGACCCGUCGUCCUUCACCAUUUCCGGCUGGGACAAGAAGGUCGAGCAAUACAGCAACUACAGCAUCCCAAUCUUCCUGUCCGAAUUCGGUUGCAACACCAACAAGCGCGACUUUGGUGAAAUCGCGGCUCUGUACAGCGACCAGAUGACCCCUGUUUACUCCGGCGGUCUUGUGUACGAGUACUCGGAGGAAUCGUCCAACUACGGCCUCGUCAACAUCAACGGGGAUUCGGUGGAGGAGCUCGACGAUUUUGCCGCUCUUCAGAAGGCCUAUUCCGCCACCCCUGCUCCGUCCGGUGAUGGCGGCGCUAAGUCGGGCUCGUCUCCCUCGCAAUGCCCGGCCCAGAGCCAGCACUGGGAGGUGAACGAUCCUACGGGUAACUACCUGCCCAUUAUGCCGGAAGGUGCGAAGAAGUACUUUAGCAGCGGCGCUGGCGCGGGCCCAGGCAACAACGGCAACACUGGCUCCCAGACUGCCGGCACCCCGUCCACCGGCUUUGCCAUGUCUGAUGGCACCACCACAUCUAGCAGUUCGUCCUCGUCCAAGGCUGCUGCUGCAAACGUGCGCGUUCCGGAGAUGACCCUAGCUCCUUUCGUUGCUGGCCUCGUCGUCUUCGCCUCUUCCCUCCUUGGCGGUGCUGGUUUCCUCUUCUAAGGGUCCGGCGCUUCGGAGCGAGGACGUAGUAUCUAGUAUCUGGUUAUCACGUGUGUUUGUGCUCAUUCAUGUGCUCAAACGUUGGGCAGUGGAUGCGCUUGUUACAAAAGGAUUACUACGUUGAGGGGAAUUGAGUUCUAGCAUUUUGGGAAUCGGCUUUGAAGCUUUCUGGGGCAAAGAAGCAAUACAAAGCCGGUGCAGAGUGAAACAGGAAAAAAAAAGAGAGUGGAAAAGGCAAUUGUCUGCCUUUCUCUCAAUUUACCUUGUGUCCGGAUGUUGGCUUUCGUUUUCUGUCCUUUCGCUCCCUGUUUCCUACUUCUUUCUGGGUCUUGUCCUGUGGUCCGCCAGAUUGGUAUCACAUCUUUUUCUUUUGGAUUCUUGCGCUGCGGCUCUACCAUGUCUUCCUAAAGUAUAGUAGACAAUUAUGACCAUUGAUGGCGUUUAGACAAAUUGAUGACAGUCUUUUUUUUUUC